AUCAUCUAUAAUGCAUAUUAAAGCAUAACUUUGAAAAAAAAAACGUUGAGAAUUUUCUAAUGAAAUUAAUAAUCGUUUAAUUUUCUGGAUUCAAUGGAACAAUAAAAUUACUAAUUGAAAUAUAAUUGAACGAAAAAAUUACAAAUCUUGUUACUUCUUAUAACAAUGAAACUGAAAGAUUUCGUCGAUUUCGUCCUUUGAUAUCUUUUUUUUUUUCUUUUGUGAAUUCGUAAGAAAAAGAUAAUGGUUCGAAAUAAAUAUACUUUAUGCUGUAUGUAAGUGAUCGUGGAUAUUGACGCGUGUUACAAAGUAUCGUAUCGAAAUCAAUAAAUAACUUACUCAUGGAAAAUUUGAAAGGAUAGGAACGUACGCAAGGCAUACAGAUGAGAAAGUAAAACUACAACGUCAAGUAAUUUGAUAGAGAAUAAACCGAACUCGUAUACGAAACAAACUUGCUUAUCUAAUGAACGUCAAAUUAGCAGAAAGACGGUACUUUAGCAAGGAGGAGUAAAGACGACGGUAGAGAACUGGGAAACAGAAGGGGGAUAAAAUAGGCCACGCGGACCCUAAUUUAAGCAGUCAGAGAAUCACUUAAAGCUGAUGGAGAUCUUGGUCGUAUAAAAGCCGAAAUGCGUACAGAAGUUAUAAAAUUGUUAGACAAUUCAAACAAAGAAAAUAAAACAAAGCUUCCAAAACCACCUUUAGACAUUGUAUUUUUAAACGAACUUAUUCGAGAAUAUUUAGAUUGGAUGGGAUAUAAGUACAGCUCAACUGUAUUUAUUUCAGAAUGUGAUUUGUCAAAGCAACCACUUGAUAGAUUUUUGCUUUUGCAAAGUUUGGGACUGAAGGAAAGUGAGAAUAGUACAAAAUUGCCAUUGCUGUGUAGUAUUAUAGAAACAUUUAAAAAUUUUAAAAAUACAUAAAUACAUAAAAUUAUGUAUAGAUUAUUAUCAACAAAAAUUUGAAAAACCUAAAAUAUUCACGAUAAAUAUUAUGAAUAAACAAAAAAUAUAUAAAUUAUCAAACUCCCUAUUUUUUAAUUAAUUUAAGGUUUUUGUAAUUUAUUUAAAUUUUCUUUAUAUAAUAAUAUUAUAAAGCAUAUAAUUUUAUAUAGCAAAUGAUUUCUGUAAACUGUAAAACAAAAACAACACUAAAUUAAAAGAAUUUCGUCUUUUUAUUUCAUGACGUCUUUUACAUAUUGACAUUACAUUACGAAAGUACAAUAUAAUGUUGCAAUAUUGGAGAUCUUAAAUAUAAUGCUGUUGUUCUCUAAAAGUAUAGUAUUAGAUUUCUUAAAGAUAUUAUCUACUGAAUGCUAUAAUGUACAUGAGUUAUUGUAAUAAAUUUACUUACAGCAUUUUAGAGGUGGAAUUGGAACAUGGACAAUCAUGUAAAGGCCUUAAUAAUGUCUCGAAAUUAAAUACAAGUUAAAUAUCAUAUUUUGUUACUUGUUCCAUGUUUCAUUAAAGUUUUCAAUCCCAAAAAAAAAAAAAAAUA